UCUCCCUCUCUUUCAUACUCUUUUCCUCCUCCUCCUCCUCACGACAGAGACAUAAAACCCCCAAAUCCAGACACGCAGGCAAAGCCGAGGAACAACGAACGGCGACGAAUCCGCGGCCAUGGAAGCCAAGCUGCGAUUUUGAUUAGUGGGUUCGAUUCGAUUCGAUCCUAUUAAGAAAACCCACAAAGGUUUGCUUGUCUCCUUGUGCGGCGCCCGUGUCGCGGCGAGGCGGGGAUUCGUGGAGGGAAUCGGCGGGUUUUGUUGGGGGGCGGCGGGGAAUCGAGGGACGACGACACCCCUGGCGGCUCAUCCUCUCUCCCAGCUCCGCCUGCUCUCGAUUCGGGGUCUGAGGGUCAUGGGUGCGGCGGGGUCCAAGCUCGAGAAGGCCCUCGGCGACUCGUUCCCCGAGGGCGAGCGCUACUUCGGCCUCGAGAACUUCGGCAACACCUGUUACUGCAACAGCGUCUUGCAGGCCCUCUAUUUUUGCGUGCCCUUUCGAGACCAACUGCUCGAUUACUAUGCAAAUAACAAAAGCCUUGGAGAUGAAGAUAACCUGUUAGCGUGCCUUGCAGACCUAUUUACGCAGAUAAGUUCACAAAAGAAGAAAACCGGUGUCAUUGCUCCGAAACGUUUUGUCCAAAGAUUAAAGAAACAAAAUGAGCUGUUCCGAAGCUACAUGCACCAGGAUGCACAUGAGUUUUUGAACUUUCUGCUCAAUGAAAUUGUGGACACUUUGGAGAAAGAGGCUCAAGCUGCAAAAAAUGAUCAAGAAACAUCAUCACCUGCUGAGAAGACUGCAAAUGGGCCUAAGAAUGCCCAUGCUAACGGCGGCCCGAAGGAGCAAUUAGAUACUUGGGUGCACAAGAAUUUUCAGGGAAUACUUACAAAUGAGACAAGGUGUCUGCGGUGCGAGACGGUAACUGCAAGAGAUGAAACUUUCUUUGACUUGAGUCUUGAUAUUGAACAGAAUAGUUCAAUAACAAGCUGUCUAAAAAACUUUAGCUCAACGGAAACAUUAAAUGCUGAGGACAAAUUUUUCUGUGACAAAUGCUGCAGCUUGCAAGAAGCUCAGAAGAGGAUGAAGAUAAAAAAGCCACCUCAAAUCCUUGUCAUCCAUCUGAAGAGGUUUAAGUACAUUGAGCAGCUCGGUCGGUACAAGAAGUUAUCUUAUCGCGUUGUGUUUCCACUGGAGCUGAAGCUAAGUAACACUGUAGAAGAUGCAGAUUCUGAAUAUUCCUUGUUUGCUGUGGUUGUCCAUGUUGGAAGUGGGCCGAACCAUGGCCACUAUGUUAGCCUGGUGAAGAGCCACAACCACUGGUUAUUUUUUGAUGACGAAAAUGUAGAGAUGAUUGACGAGUCCGCAGUGCAGACAUUCUUUGGAUCGGCACAGGAAUAUUCGAGUAAUACAGAUCAUGGUUACAUCUUGUUCUACGAGAGACUUGGCAACGGGCAUAUGAGUUGAGAAGAGGGAAUUAGUAUCCCUAAUUAGGGAAUCGGUUCGCCAGCUAUCAUUGAGAUAAAAGAUGGGUCCUGGAAAGUGUAUACUUUGAUGGUCCGUGUACAGCUUAUGGUGGAAGCACACUGUCCCUUUUUUCUUACUAAUAAGAGGGGGAAACAGCACUGUAUAUGUUGGCUUUGAAAGAAUUUUACCCAGGUGGUAAUUUGCUGUUGAUUUUGCCAUCAUUUUAGAGUAAAAUGUAGUACAUGGCCAUUCUGAUUCUGGGUUUUCUCUUGAGCUUUCGGGCGUUGUACUUUAUGAGCUGCAAAAUGUUUAUUGACAUCUUCCGGUGGGUGGUGCAAGAUUAAUGCCAUUUGUUGAGUAGGUGUUGAAAAAGCUCAAGUGAUUAGUUGUAGCAAUAAACCUGGGCUUCCUUAGUCUUUUAUUUUUA